AUGGAGGACAUAUAUGACAAUUUAGAAAAUUACGAUGAUCUAAACAAAAUAGAGGAGCUUAAAAUUGAAAAUAAGGAGCUGAAAUGCAAAAUUGAGGAGUACACCACUGCUAUAUGCAAACUACAGGAAAAUAUUUUACAGGAUUUUGAUAAGUUAGCAGCAGAGCAUAAAAAAUUAGAACUUAAUUAUUCAUCUUUACUCAGAACUGCUAAAGCAGAGAUUGAAAGAAAGACCCAACUGAUAAAAGACUUAAAUAUAGAAAAGGAUAAAUUAGUGAUUAAUGCAAGGCUAAAUCUGGGACAAAAAGCUCUUAAUAAAUUUAGAAGAAGUCAAAGGCUUCAAUCUAAAAAUAAAAAGGUUUCAGACUCAAGUAUUCCAGAUCAAUCAGUAGGUUUGAAAUCAAAACAUCAAAUAGCACAGAAUAAAUGCAAAAAUGAUAAUCAAUUACCAUCACUGGAUACAAUUUCCAGUACCAGUACAAAUGGAAAAGUCAAUAAUGAUCCGGAACAGUAUUUAGAAAACAAAAGUAGUAAUCAUGACACUAGCAAUCUUACAUCGAAAGAAAAUAAUAUGCAGAUGUUAAAUAAGCCCCAAAGUAGAAAAAUUGAGACCAAGCUUAGAAGAAUUUCGAACAGACGGAAAUCCAUGCCAGCAUUAAGUAGCCAUGACAUUAAGCUCAGUUCUGAUGAAGAAAUAAUUAGUAGUGAAAAUAUUGUUGUGACAAAAGAAAAUAAGAAUUACCAUCAAAGAAAUGAGGAUGUGGUGAGAAGAUUUGGCGAAAAAAAUUAUUCCAACAAUAAUAAAAUAUCUGGACCCUCAAGUGUAGAAAAUAGUCAGUCUCAUUAUCAUGACGCCUUAAUAAACAAUCAUUCUAAAAAUAAAACCAAUUGGUAUUAUCACAAUGAAAACCAUAGAAGUAGGGAAUUUUCACAGAGACAAAGGUGGCAAUCCAGUCCUGAUAGAUUACAUCAUAGGAGUGUAAAAGAUUAUACAGCUGAUAACUACCAAAGAUGUGAAUAUAACCGAAGAGCUUGUGAAAGCCCCCCACGCGAUAAAUAUCAUAGAAAUAGGAGCAGAGACCGUAGAUCGAAUUAUGAAAGGGGCUAUCAUCGUGACUUCUUACAUGGAAAGGAUGAUGAGCGAAAUGGCCAGAAACAUAAAUAUCAAGAUGAUUUGGAUGAGCCAAGUUACAAAAGACAAAAACUUGAUCAUUUACAUCACAAGCAUAGUGAAAAUGAUAACAGAUCGCAAAGUAUGGAUGAUAAUAGAAGGCAAAACGUGGAUAGUAACAGAUGGCAAAGUGUAGAUGAUAGUAGACGGCAAAAUGUAGAUGAUAGCAGAUGGCAAAAUCUAGAUAAUAACAGAUGGCAAAAUGUUAAUGAUAACAGACGACUAAAUUUAGAUAAUAACAGAUGGUCAAAUAUAGAUAAUAACAGAAGGCAAAAUAUGGAUGAAAACAGAUGGAAAAAUGUAGAUGAUAACAGAAGGGAAAAUGAAAUGGAAGUUUCCAAAGGAGUAGUUACAAAGGCGAUGGACCUUCCAGAACAUGUAUCUUGCCAGUCACCUGAUUAUGUACACACUGACUACCAUACGGACGCUAUUAAAGAAAUUAUGAACACUGCUGUUAUGCAUUUAGAAGAUCCAAGACUUACUAGCAAGAAAUACAAAGUUAUAAAUGAUAAUGACAAGGAAUUCAUAUCAACUGUUACUGGGAAAAAUGUAAAUAUUAUACCCAUCGAUAAAAACCUUUGGGGAUUUGAACCUGUACCAGUGCCAAAAGCAUUACUCGAACCACCCACUAGGUACACCACAGAAGAGCUGGCAACCACUAGGUACACCACAGAAGAGGUGGCACCCGCUAGGUACACCACAGAAGAGCUGGCACCCACGAGGUACACCACAGAAGAGGUGGCACCCACUAGGUACACCACAGAAGAGCUGGUAAAAAAUAUAUACAUGGAUAUCGAUAACCCAACUUCUAACAUAUCUGUUGAAUCAGGUGAAAUAUCGGACACGGAUGAUUACAUUAUCUCAUCUUCUAACACUUCCGAUCAUAAACAACUUGAAAAACUCGCAAAAGAUCCAAUUGUUGUUAUUGAUAACAAUGAAAAGUUAAUCAACAUUGAAAGAAACAAUGAUAAUAAUUAUAAUGAUAUUUCGAAUAAUCAUUCAGUAAAUAAAUCUAAAACUCCUAAACUACAAAAUAUUUCGGAAACUGAAGCCAAGUCAGAAAGAGUUGUAAGUGAUAUAAAUUCAGAACAUACUGCAGGUAGUAAUUCAACAACACAUCGAACUGUGGAAAAUGGAAGUGAAAAUAAUAAUAGAGUCGAAAUUAAGUCAAUGCCGCAACUUAAUAUUUCUUCAAAAAGUACCAUAGAUAUUAAAAAUGCAUGUAAUACUAUUAACAAGGAAAAAAAUGAAAGGUUAGAUUUGAAAUUUGCAACCAAAUGCAAUGAUCAUGAAUUAGCUGUAUCGGCAAGCAUUGUUGAAAAUGACCUUGUAUUAAGUGAUGACACAAGUGAUAUUGAACCUAAGAGCAAAGUUACGAAGAAGAAUAGUAAAUUAAAAAAUAAAAAAGAUAAAAUUGAUAACUAUACAGAAAAACAAAAAAGUGAAGAGGUGAUGAAAAAAUGUAGGAAGGAUCAUAAAGUUCUCACAGACACUGAUAAUAUAGCUCAAAAUAAAGAAAAGCCUUUAAAAGUAAAUAAUAAAAAUAAAAAUUUAGAAAUAUCUACAGAACAUGGUAAAGGACAUAGAAGUAGCACAAGGAAGCCCCAAGUCAAUAAGGGAUCUGAUGUUGAUACACCUAAAACAAGUAAAUUAAAAAAGGAUAUUCAAGAGAAAACGCCUAAAAUACCAGAAAAUAAAACAAAGUUUAGCGACCUUUUUGGGGAUAGUAGCAGUCUAAUAACACCAGAUGAUUUAGGAAUUGCUUCUGCUCAAAAUGAACGUAGAGAAAAAUAUGUUACCGUUUUUGAAGAUAUUGAAGACGCCAUGGAUUUAAACAUUAAAGAAAUACAAAAACUAAAAGGAUCAACAUUAAAGACUGUUGAUUCUCAAGAUAACGCUGAAGAAGAACAUGAAAAGAUACAAACGCGUUCAUCAAAACCAAACUUAGAUUGUGCUUCAGGAAAAGAUAGUAAUAGCAAAGAAUGUGAAACACAAAAAACAAAUAAACAAUCAAUUAAAAACAGUGAAGAAAAGUCUUCUACCAUUAAAGAAACUAGCGAUAUAGUUAAUAUUUAUAAAAAUGUAAAUGCUGAAACACCAAAUGUUGUAAACACAAUUAUUAUUUCAACAGGAAUACAACCGACAGCUUUAUGCGAUAAAAGUAACGUAUUUACACAGCCCCAAAAUGUGAUUUCUCUAGAAAAUGUUACAAAACCAACUAACAAUCUAGCUCCAAAGGCUUUAGCUACUUCCACGCCGGCUAAGGUGGCACAACAAGAGCAAACACUAACUGACUCUACAAAAAUAAGAUUACCGCCAGAUAGCUCAAGUGCUAAUUCUGAUGAUAGUAGGAUGGUAGAUUCUUCACAAACUGUCAAUGAUUCAUCCGAUCUUAACAUAGAUCCCCAGAAAGAUAUAGAUAUACCUGAUGUCAGAAUUUUCAUGAAGAGAAGAAGAAAAGUGAAAAAAAUGACACCAUAA